AUGAUGGCUGAUGAUUCAUCAAGUUGCUAUAGUGCGGAUAACGAACGGGGCCGGGAGCCGCCAUGCGUAGGCGCGUACGAGAAACUACUACCACCAUUGCCCACACAGCCUGUUACCUUGGACAUUGAGCAUCAGAUCCGUGAUAUUGGCGGCUUCACCGUAUCGGCAGAACUUUCCCCUAUUCGUUUACAAGUUUCAAAGAAGAACGUUCCCAGAUCACAGGAAGAACGGCAGCGUCGCCUUGACUACGAUCUGGACUCACUGAAAUGGGAAAAUGAAUUUUUCGGUGUUUGUAACGAUGCAUUUCACGAAACUCUAUUUUCUGUAUUAGACGUGUCGAAUGAGAUAAUAUCUCAGUGCCAACUUGCGGCACUAAAGCGCAUGUGGCAGCCCGAGGAUGAACCAAUGAGCAAGGAGUUUAUGAGGGAUGCUGUGGGCAAGUUGGACGCAAAGGUGCAGCGGGCACACCAAAAGGAGGAAGAAGCAAAGAACGCAUGGCUAGAUAAAUGGAAACAAAAAAAGGAUGUUGAAGUUUUGAUGCCCUGGAUAUAA